AUGAACAAACUGCAGCAUGCGUUACUUCUUACUGUUCAUCACAAUUUUUAUUCUUCUUAUAUUCAACAAUCCACACAAAACGACUUACUGACUCUUAGGAUGAGGAGAGCUUUAAUACAAAGUAAACUAAAAUGGAAUGCAGUAGAUUUGCAGAAGAACAAUGUGACUUUGAAAAAUAUAACGAAAGCAUUACAAGAACGAAUAGAGAAUAUCAAUAUUCAACUGUCACCUGAUGGGUUGUCUAUUAAUGACUAUGCUGCUUGUAAAGGAAAACUGAUGGAAGCGGAAACUGGAGUCGGACUUAUGCAGAAUUUUGUGGAAGCUAUUGAGAUAGAAGAGAAUUUUGGUAAACUACAAAGUUUAGUUCUGUGUUUUCAUUCUUUUUUACGUUUAAAAUAAUGCACAUCUCGGUAGCUGGAGCUUGCGAGCAAAGAUCUUUUUAUCCUGGAUCUCGCGACUGCCGAUGCUUACCCCAGCAUAGUAUGACUGUUAUUCGUAAGAAAUGUCCAUCCCUUCUGAGAUUACAACUUGCAUCGCCUAAUGAUUUAGUCAGGCAUAACUUGUAGUAAUUGACAUGCAUAUUUAGCAUUUGAUAGCUUCUUUGUGAUAUCUGAGAUUUUUAUAUGUAUCCAGUAUUUUAUGUUCACUUUCUAGGAUUCAUUACCAAUGAUACUGUGAAAAUGAAAGAGUGCUUUGAAAAUAAGAAAAAGAAAUAUGAAGGAAUGAUAGAUAGUUAUGAAGUGGAUAUUUGCUCACCUGUUCAUCCGGAUGUCCUACACCAGGGUAUGUCAUUGAAAAUUGAUUUCAUCAUCAUAUAUGUCAUGUGAAUUGAGGCCAGAAUCAAAUAGCUUUGUACUAAGAAUGAGAUAAUGUCUUUUUGAUAAAUAUUAAUACAGACACUCAUCCAUAAUACAGGAGUAUUGUGGAACACCCGUUUUUCCUCAUCAUCACUGGGAGAAAUCAAUGUAAACUUGCCCUUUUCGGCAACCUGAUCAGCACCGCUACAACCAAAGGCGACAAGAAUGAGGAUUCUAAAGAUUCUAAAGGUUCGAGAAAGCAGGAUAGACUGUCACCGCUUUGAAAUCCAUGAGAAGUCCUUCAGCAAUCAGAAGAUGCAACUGGGUAUUAAUAGGAAAGUCAGUGCUUUCAUACAUUGCAGAAGCUUGACGCAAGCAUCAAGCAAUGCACUUACAACACUUCGCUUGAGAACUCCAUCAACACACAGCCAAUUGGCUGCCUUGAUAAUGAAGAUAAGACGGUCAAUAUAAGCAACAAGGCACCGCAAAUGGCAGCCAAACACCUAACAAUUUGCUGCUUAACGUAUAAUUGCUGAAAGAAAUGGAGGCAGAUUCCAAAUUCACCGAGAAGACAUUCAGUUGACAUCAGAAACUGAACAGCACCUCGAGUUCAACCUGAGUGGGAAGCAACGAGUUGAUCGUCCAGUGUGACAUGGAGGAAAUUAUGUAAGGGAGAGAUCAAGCCUCCGCUCAGUCAUGCAUCCUAUUGACAUUCAUAGGAGAGAAUCGAGUGGAAUGAACAAGUGGCACACUGACGGCCUAUGUUUCAACCGGAGUGCUAGAUAAUAAUACUUAAUACGAAGUUGAUUCUCGACGAUAAGCAAGUGAAACAUACACCAAGUUUUAAAUUUGUGUUUUAUUGCCAACAAAAAACAGUGUUAUAACAAUGUGCCAGAGGUUCAUUGGUACAACGCACACUAAAGACGCACAUGGUCUGGAGUUCAUUUCUCAGCUAACACACUCCUUUGACUCAGCUAGAUGGUAGUUAACUUGAUAAAGAGAGAGGGUUGAGCGUGAAGCUAGCAAUCCCGACGAACAACAGCACUAAUUGAAACUUCAAAGAUCAAGCUUGCAACUAUUUGCUCCAUUCUGAAUGUUAAGGAAUAAAUUAAAUAAUAAUAAUAAUAAUAGUGUUUAUGAAGAUAGUUCAUAGUAAAUUGGUUGCAUUGAAUUGCGCUGUCACAAAUUAAGUAAGAAACGUAAUCCCUAAUCUCAUGAUGAUAUUAAAAUUGACAAUUCUUCUAUGUGACACUCUUCGAUGGCAAUGCGUUGUUAUCUAAGCAUUCGAUGACUUUCUUCACAACAGAAUGAAGCUUUAACAGUUAGGUGUGACUGAAUUUAAACAAACCUUUUUGUUACUCGUGGCAUUUUUAUGAUUUUAUUGGGUGGAAUCCCAUACUUUGACGUGGCUGAGGAGAAUAAUGACAUCUGAUGAGGAUCCUUCGGCGUUUUUCAAUUUGUUAUCUCUCUAGAUUUCUUCCGUCGCACAUCUAUAUUUAUUUCUGACUAACUUCACUGUGUUUCCUACUGCGUACAUGUAAAUGAUAAUUUCACAGUUCGCUUUACCUCAAAGUUCGUCGCCACUUAUGCUUCCUGGCUGAACAUUCGACCUUCAGGAUUGGGCGAAUGUAGCUGUAGAUAAAAGUCUGCAGCCAGUGUGAAAGUUUUGUUUAUCUUACAAAUCAGUUUUAUUCGAAUAAAAUUUUCAACUAACAUUUUGACAGAAAUUGAAGAAAUGACCGAUCUGAUAAGCGACAUGUAUAGUGAAAUCCAAAAACAAACCGAGACCGUAUGUAAGUGACACACACACACACCAAGUGAUUUCAGAGUAUGAUAUGAUGUAACAUUCAGACACAAAGUUUCCUACGACAAAUCCUGAAUAAAUCAUAAAAACAAUCUAUUGUUCCAAAAUAUUAUUAUUUAAACUAAAAGAGCUCUGUAUUUAUUUGAAAGUUAAUUUAUUCAUUGGCUGCCAUGGGAUGAAUAGCAGAUAGAACAGUAUCUCGUUCGAGUUUGAAACUUAUCAGGAUCGUGUAUCCAUUGACUAAUGAGAGAUAGAAAUAUUGAUAAUUAGCUCGGAAGAUCGAGUAUUGAAAUCCACAGCUUAUGAUAUUCAAAAUCAGUUGGUGUGUGGUAAAUAAUGACUAUUGCAAAUGAUACUCGAAUGAAUUCGAUGCUCAUCAAAUCACCAUCAAACAGAUCAUAGGAUGGCAGUCAAAUCUCAUUUCAGCUUCACUGAUUUCGAAUAGACCUUAAAUAGCGUUGACUGAGAAGUGAUGUGAAAACGGCUUAUAUACAAUCAAGUGCCACUGACCUUCAUUCACCUCAUUCAACAGCUAUGUGACUAUUUCUCAAGCCAAGUGAUCCAAAAGGAAGAAUCGUUUGAAGAAUUUUAAGUUAGGAAUUGUGCGAGGCAGACACAAGGAGACCACACGCAACGCCGUUGCCCGAGUGGAAUUUUUGAAUGGAAAAUGACGAGUUGGAUGUUUGAGUGUAACAUGGAGGACACGAGAUUUUCUGGCUUAAAGUGUGCGUAGGAAUAAUAAAUUACUGAAUGUUGAAGAAAUUAGGCGUAAGGGCGAUUUCAUGGGGCUAGUAAUCUUUUAAAAAAUUUUAUCUACUGUGUGAUUUUUACUGUACAGUGGUAGAACUCCUGCCGUCAUGUGUCAUGGUCAGUAAUUAUUCUACCUCUACUUGCUUUCAGUUCAACGGAAAUUAUACACGUACAGAUUAGGUGAACUGGAGAAAUUGAUACCAGCAGAAUAACUACAUACCACGGAAAUUAUUAUUUCUUCGUAUCAUCAAAUGACUUUUCAGGAGAAACAGAGUUGAGCGACAAGUUCUUACCUUGCAAAUAUUCACAUUCAUUGACCAUUUCUAUACUUAAUAAUGUUGAUAAUCAUUUUACUCGAACUAUUCCAUUCUUCUGAAAUGAUUCUGUUUUAAUUCACUUAGUAACAAUUAAAGUUUGAAAUAUUCAAAAUAAUAAAAGCAAAACACUGUAAACUGC